AGAAAUUUGCAUCCCCAUUAAGAGUUCCUGUUAAAAAGCAAAAACCUGUCCUGAUUUUUUAAAGACUGGUUCAAAGGAGAAAUGAGACGAUAUCGUCGUCCCAUUAGCUGUUAUUGCCGUAUUCGAUUAACGAUCGUCUUUGUAUGCAUUUCAAGCAUUAUCAUAGGUAUUAUACACUUCAACAUACCCGAUUUACCGACAAGAGUGACCAAAAGAAUCAUUAAAGUUUUGGAAAGAUGUCCAUUUUUUCCUUCAACAGUUGAAGAAAAUCUAAAGGUGGUUGAAAAUUAUCCCUUUAACAUUUCAGAAACUUUGAAAAGGGAAUUGAAUCUUGAUGAAUAUGGAAUUAAGGUUAACCUUAAUCAAACUCCAGAUUCACAGAUUGUGCUUACCUCUGCUGCAAGUUCUGCUAAUUAUUUAGAAAUUCAAGGCUUCAUUAGCAACGUGAACAUCCAUGUGGCCCCAAAAUUCUCCGACUUUGAAUUCAUCAUAUUCGACAUUGGUUUGAAAAAAUCAGAGGCUCGCUUUAUCAAGAAAAACUGUUAUUGUCGGUUAAGGAAAUUUCCAUUCAAAGAAUACCCUGAUCACCUCGGGAUUGUUCGAACAAAUACAUGGAAACCUGUGCUUAUUCAGCUCCUGUUCUCGGAAUUUCACAUCGUCAUAUGGGCAGACUCCUCAGUGCGAUUCCUCGGAAAACCUCUGGACAAUUUAAUUCAUAGAACAGUGACCAAUGGAAUACAAUUAACUGAAGGUGGCGGAUCUAUAGCAUUGCGAACAAACACCAUUACUUUUAAAGCGCUGGGUGAAAAACCAUGCAUGUUUGAUAGGCCCGAAUUAGAAAGUAGUUUUAUUUCAAUAUUUAGAAAUCAUUUUACUUUGACUAGCAUAAUGCUUCCUUGGGUUUCCUGUGCAUUACAGUACAAUUGUAUGGAUUUUGAUUUCGCAUUGAAAAGUAUAACGUGUCUUGAGAAGAAAAGUUGGUCAUAUGGCGCGUGCCACAGAUUUGACCAAUCAGUGUUAGGAAUUAUCAUAACGAGGCUCUUUUCCAGUGAUAUUGAAAACAUUCUGUUUAAAUUGGAUGACAUUGCUUAUAUCAAAAGACGCCAUUAUGUGUCUUAA